AUGGAAGGAUCAAGCAAGAGAGGUGGGGGUGCGAAAAAAAGAGGUUCGGGUACGAAGAAAAAUCCCGUAAGACCCAAGACGUAUCAAAACCAAUCCUUCGUCCUACCGUUUCAACCUCACCAAUUUCAUCCCCAAACGUAUCAAACCCAACCCCACACACUCGACCCACUACUAGAAGACAACACCCUCAUCCAUCUUUUGGCAAACGCGUAUCGUGAACCACAACAAAGUCUUGAUGAGGAAGAGGAAGAAGAAGAGGAAGAAGAAGAAAAUGAUGACGUUCAAGAAAUCGUCCCAACCGUCCGACAACAUUGGACGAGCGAGGAGGAGGUGUCCUUGGUGAAUGCGUACUUGCACAUCUCGGAGAGCAAGAAACAUGCCAACGAGCAAAGAAAAGAAACGUUUUGGAGACGGGUCAUUAAUCAUUUUGUCCGACUUCCUGGUGCAAAGCAACGAAACAUGGACCAAAUGACGUCGAAAUGGACGGAUUUGAACGGGAAAAUUAAACCGAAACCCACAAAGUGGAGCGAGCGAGGCGACAAUCAUGCAAUAAGCCACCGAAGAGUAUUGCCGACUGUACAAAAAGAGGGGUUUUCCACACGUGGCGGAUGGGAAAUUGCGAGAAAUCACCCGAAGUGGGUCCCCGUUGCGUUGGUUGACAUGCGUGGUCCUACGGCUCCAAAAAAACGAGGAGGUUCGAAAAGAUCAAAGACAUCCGAUUCGGGGAACUACACGACUUCCGCGUCGGAUAACUUGCCCCAAAUGAACUUAAACGACGACCCCCUUGACGAACCCGAUCAACCCAUUGACGACCCCGUUGAAGAAGAUACACCUACAAGGCCACGACGCAAGAAAAGUGGCGAAUCGUCAAGCAAAGGGAAGGAAGCGGUGGCGGAGUCGAUCUUCAGAAUCGAAGAGGAGAAAAUGACCCAAUUCAAGAAGGCCGAACAAAGAAAAGAAACAAUGAUGUCCCUAAAAGUUGAACGCGAGCAGGCGUACAAGGAACACUUGAAAACGAUUGAAAGACAAAAUGAUUUAAAAAUCUUGCGUGAAAACCACGCCCAUCUCGACGAACCGUUCAAGUCAAUUGUCAUUCAACAAAAGCGCGAGAUUUGCGCAAAGUGGGGUUGGGAGAUGCCACCCGUUUAG